AGCAGUUAUUUUGAAAAAACUAAAAGCAGAAGCUGCCGCUGUUUUAGGCUCAUAAAAACCUCGAAAUACUUUAAAAAUGACUCGUCUUUGAGGCCGAAAGGCAGGACUAAUGUCCGAAUAACGGCGAGCGGCGCUUAAAGGAGCCUUUAGUUCGUUUGGACUGAGCUGGAAGAGCUGUUAGCAGAGCUGAGCUAACGCGGCUAACCGAGCUGAAAAGAGACCCCCGAGGACCACAGACGCUCCAGAAAGUGCACUGAUUUUCUAAUAUUGCCGGCGUUUUGGUGAAAGCUGCACACAGAAUACGUCCUCUCACGGAGCGAAAGGGGCGUCACGAUGGAAAAGCAGGAGCAGAUGGAGUGGGAUGCUGUUAACCGGCUGCUGCAGCAUCACGGCUUUAAGCCUGUUCGCUUUGCGGAUCCGACGGAGAACAAAAACCUGGCAGACCUGGUUCUGCUGGAGAGAACGUCUGCGGCUGAAAUGCGGAACAUGCUGAAGACGAUGCUGGCGGAUUCGGAGAGGAGGCAGGCCCUGAUCCAGGAGCUCAUUCAGUCCAAUAGCCAGCUGAAAGUGGAGGUGGAGCAGCAGCAGGCACGGGCGGCGAGGCAGUCUCGGCGCGCGGAGGAACUGGAGGACGUGCUGGCCAGCGUAAAGGUCAAAGUUCAGGGCCUGGAGGACUGCUUCAUCAGUAAAGCGGCCCAGCAGCACAGCCACCUCCAACAGCUGCAGCAGGAGAAGCAGGAGGCAGAGAAGCGCUGUCAGGCCCUGCUACAGCAGCUGAGUGAGCAGAAGGUGCUGGUGUCUGAUCUGCAGAGGAAGCUGUCCUAUGCCGUGAAGGAGGAGGAGAGACGCGUAACCCGGCAGAAUCAGGCUUUCCAGCAGAUCCAAAACCGCUCGGCCCGCGCCCACUCCCCCAGCGACCAGCUGAUCCUGGAUGUCAUUGAUGUUUAUGAAUCCCAGUUGCAGCAGUUACGGGCUAAACUGAAGAGUUGCCAGAAGAACAGUUCACGUGAGAACGACUCCUCAGACUCGCUGACCACAGACAAGACCGGCACGGACAUUUCGGCUUUGGCCUCCUCCAAUUACAAAGCGCUGCUUAAGUCGUAUCAGGAGCAACUGAGGAGGACCAAGGCUCAGCGCGAGGAACUGAAGAAUGAAAUCCAGCGGCUCAAACAGGACCUGGAGUCCAGACCCACUGCGAAGGAGCUGAAGUCCUGCAAACAGCAGCUCAGGCGAAUGGACCGGAUUAUCCAGCAGAGCAGCACCAAACCAGCACAGAAAGUGAGACUGGAGGAUUUUGCAGGAACAACUGGCACUGAGAGCCACCAGAGCAUACACUGCCAGAGAUACCUCGAGGAGAUUUGCUCGGAGCUGAAGGUGCAGGACAUGAGUCAUGUUGUCUCUGCUGUUAAAGCUCGCUGCAGAGAGGCAGACUCUGCUAUCACACUGGAGAAGGUAAUUAAUGACAUCACAGCAGUCCUGACCAGUCCGAGGGCUCCGCUGGGGUUGCUGAAGCAGCCUGCUGAUGGACACGGCUUCAGAGAAAACAGCCAGCAGGGACAGCUGGAGCUGAUCGUCCCCACGCUGGAAUUCUGGAGCCAGCAGCUCAGCUCUCUGCCGGAUCUUCACCGCUCUUUGGGCAGACUGGUGAAGAGGCUGUUGCCGUGGCAGCCAGAGGACCGAGUGGACUCCCAGUCCGACAGUGUGAAGGUUGAAGACGCGAUGCUGUUGGUGGACAUGCUGCUGGAUGAAACUUCUCCUGAUGACAAGAUUCUGCGUAGCCCAACUAAACACACUCUGGAGGCAAUGGUGUCUCAUUUUCAGAAACUUUUUGACGCCCCCCACCUGAACGGUGUUUACCCCCGCAUGAACGAGGUCUACUCCAGGCUGGGAGAGAUGACCAAUGCCAUGAGGAACCUCAGGGAUGUUCUGGACAUGGAUGAUAGAGCGCCCCCUAGUGAGGUGGUCAACACAGUGGCUAGAAUUGUGUCCCCUCCUGGAGCCUUUUCUGGCCAAGACCUGCAAGACCUGCUGGGAACCAGCGACAUCGACAGCAUUAUCGUGAAGCUGAAGGAACAUGAGGAAUUCUUUCCUGCGUUUCACUCCUUGGUGCUGGAGCUGCUGCAGGUUCUGGAUGCGGUGAGCCUGGAUGACAUUUUACCAACAGUGCGGUCACUGAAGUCAGCAUCAGCAUGAUACGGUGAUGCCUUUAAUCAGCUUUCUGUGUUUUUAUGCGGUUUUAUUGGUUUUACCAUCAUGUUUGUAACCGACUGGAAGCUUUUAUGUAAUAAAUGACAUGGUAAUGUGAA